AUGUCUUUCUCCGGUCGCCGAGUCUCGAUCCUUCGUCAAGCUCUACAACAGUCGCCAGAUGGCAGACGCUUCAGCGUUCACAAGGAACCCACCGAACAGGAACGCGCGUCCACACCGCAUCUCAACUUGAGAGAGCACCCCUCUCACAAGCCUCAUGCUGGCCUCGAUACUUCGCGGGCCUCGACGGGCGUAGUCUGGACCACGGAACAGGCCUCACAGCAUGGCUUCCUCGAAGAUCCUCACUCCUGGGCCAACUUAGGCCAGGGUGCCCCGGAGGUCGACGAUGACAUCGAAGGUAGCUUUCCCCGCCCAACCUCGAUCGACAUCAGCGUCAAUGGUCGAGAGUAUGGCCCCACAGCCGGCAUCAAGCCCCUUCGUGAAGCUGUGGCCAAUCUUUAUAACGUCCAGUAUCGCCAGGGCAAAGCUUCCCAAUACACCUGGGAGAAUGUCUGCAUUGUUCCUGGUGGUCGUGCUGGUCUCAUCCGUAUCGCUGCUGUUCUCGGCAACGUGAUGCUCGGCUUCUUCAUUCCUGAUUACACCGCAUACAAUGAGAUGUUAUCGUUGUUCAAGAACUUCGUCGCCAUCCCCACACCGCUAUCCAGUGAAGACGGCUACCACGUCCACGCCGACAAAGUCGCCGAGGAACUUGCCCGAGGCACCCGUGUGAUCCUUACAUCCAACCCCCGAAACCCCACGGGCCAUGCUUUGAGCGAGGAGGAAUUGAAACUCAUCCAAGACAUUUGCCGCGAUCGCGCCACCCUCAUUUUCGAUGAGUUCUACGCUGGCUAUGACUAUCGCGGCGACGACGGCCAGACAAUCUCCUCCGCCUCCAACAUCAUGGACGUCGACGCCGAUGACGUUAUCAUCAUCGACGGCCUCACCAAGCGGUUCCGCCUUCCAGGCUGGCGUGUCGCCUGGAUCGUCGGCCCCAAAGAGUUCAUCUCCGCCCUGGGCUCUUGCGGCUCUUACCUCGACGGUGGCACCAACGUGCCUUUCCAAGAAGCCGCCGUGCCCAUGCUAGACCCGCCUCUGGUUCACUCCGAGAUGGCGGCCCUCCAGCGCCAUUUCCGUGCCAAGCGCGAUUAUGUCCUCGGCCGCCUCAGGGACAUCGGCUUCCGCGCCGGCGGACAGAACGUUCCUGACAGCACUUUCUACAUCUGGCUCGAUCUCACAACCCUCGACCCUCCAGUGCCAGCCGGCAGCCCUAUCGACAUCUCGAAUGGGCUGUCCUUCUUCCACGCCCUCCUCAAGGAGAAAGUCAUUGUCGUUCCGGGCAUUUUCUUCGACCUCAACCCCGCCCACCGCCGCGACCUCUUCGACUCACCCUGCCACCACUUCGUGCGCCUCAGCUACGGGCCCAAGAUGGAAGUCCUGGAGAUGGGCCUGGACGGCAUCGAACGCGUCGUGCGCCGCGCCCGAGGCGAAUUAAGCGGCGGUCUGCCCUUCCGAGGACAACAGUGGGAAGCAGGGCGGGAGGGCAGCGCCAUCGCCGAUGAGCCCGACAGUCCGAAGUCGGCGAGGAAACGGCAUUCGGGACAGGGGAUGGGCGAGAGGCAUCGCUGA